CAAUCCGGCUGUGACGUCACGUGGUUGCUGUCGCUGCCUCCAUGCUGGAGUUGAUGUAACAGGCGUGCGGAUUGAUCCUUGUGCCGGUGUUUGAGAUUCAUUGAUCGGAUAAACGGCGAUCAGACGGAUCUGUCAGCAGACAUGUCGUACUGCAAGCAGGAAGGUAAAGAUCGCAUCAUAUUUGUCACUAAGGAGGAUCAUGAAGCACCGAGUAAUGCUGAGCUCAUCGAAGAUGAUCCAAAUGAUCCGUAUGAGGAUCACGGUCUUAUUCUCCCUAAUGGUGAUAUAAACUGGAACUGCCCGUGUUUGGGCGGUAUGGCCAGUGGCCCUUGUGGACAACAGUUCAAAGAUGCCUUUUCUUGUUUCCACUAUAGCAAAGAGGAGGUAAAGGGUUCAGAUUGUGUGGAAAAUUUCCGGAGUAUGCAGGAAUGUAUGCAGAAAUACCCUGAGCUCUACCCUCAGGAAGAUGACAACGACAGCGCCCCCUCUGGCGGGGCCGAUAAUGCACCCACUGCAUCCACUUCCACUGACUCUCUCCCUACAUCCUCUCCUCAUUCCACACCAGCAGCCACAGAAAACCCAGCAGCUAGCUAAUAUUAUUUCAGUUUCAUUCCCUCCGCACCUCACAGCAGAGACAGCUCCACUUUCGAGUAUGAAGAGAUAAUAAUAUCUAACUACGCCACUGGUUCGAUGCUCUCCACCUGACUGCAUAAUCCACAGAGAUGCGGGAAGCCCUUAAACUUCAGGUUUUGUGAUUUAAAAUAUCCAAAUGACAUUAAUAUGCACUUAAGGGACCUAUAAAAAUGUGUUUUGAGGACCUGUGUGAGUGGCAGAUGAGUUUGCACUUGGCCUGUGAAACAUUAGCUGCCAUUUGAAACAUCCGCUUUGUAUUUUUCUGUUAUUAUUUGCUCCACAGCCUAAGCUAAGCUUGUUUGAUUUGUGUACUACAACAGAUCAAAGGCCAUUUGGCAUCGUACUUUCACAGCUAAGCAGUUUUGAGAUACUCAACUAACAAGUCUAUAGACAUUUCAUGUGCUCUUUUUGUUAUAAAACAUGAUUAAACAAUUUUAUGAUGAAGAAAUGUUCUGUUGCUGAUGUGUUCGAAUGCAUGUAGCCCAAGGCUGCAUACCAAGUAUAAACACCAGGGGUGUGAGUGAGCAAACUAGUAGCCUUACCUGUCAACUGAUAAUUUUUUGGCGUUAACUGUUAUAAUGGUGAAACAACAACACAUUAUAAGUGAGCAGAUCUUCUGUUUAGUAAGAAUAUUGAAAUAUCUCUUUUUCCAAAGACUGGUAGGUUUUGUUCAACUUGAAGUAUCUUAACAUCGAGGGCUGUCUCUAGAUCCAUUUUCAACACAUGCUAACAUUAAACACUGUUAAAUUGUGGCUUAUUGAUGUAUUCAAUCAAUGGCAUUUACAAAUCUAGCUGUUUAUCAAAGAAUGACUCUUUGGGUUUGAUUUGUCAUUCAAAGCCUUAUUGUGAUUUUUCUUGUUUUGAUUAAACAAGAAACCUAAUGAUCUUUUCAUCUGUGAUAUAUCUGUGUUUCUGAAAAAAACUUUUUAAUAAAACAUAUGAUACUGUGUCCAAAUCAUGCAUAAGCACUGGGAGAAUCUGAAUCAGUCAGUCUGUACCUUUUGUUUUUCAUUUUACAAUUGUGUGACGCAUUCAAAUGCAUUUUUAAAAACACUUGACUGAAAUGUAGUAAGAAAAAAAGCAAAUAAAAUACAAAAGUGUGAAUGA